UAAUGGAACAGUCUGGGAAGUUCAGCAAAUUACAUGGCUUUACUGUAAUGCAGCCUUUAAAACCAGGAAAAGACAUUUAUGACAUAUUUCCAUAUCAAGAGUCUAAGACCAUAUCACGAUAUUGAUAUAAUAUCGAUAUAUUGUCCAGCAUUAAUAAUUAAGUACAAUAAGGUCAAGUUAGUUAAAUUGUGUCCCCAGAUCCCACUCAGUCCUGUCACCUUCUAAACAUGUGGGACAUGACACAAGUCACAUGAUCAACAGGAAGUAGCAUCAUUUGAGUCUCCUGAAGGCCAAAAGGGUAUCGAACAUCUCUGGCUUUAAAAAAAGACCCAAACCUCCACCAAGACAGAUGAGAAACAGUGACAGUCUGUCCUGUAUUCGGCUUGUAGUACUUUAUACUUCUGUGUGAGACCACUACGCCAUCUAUCGGUUAACGACGAGCAACGCAGCGAAACUAAGAACAAACAUGGCGCCGCUCAGCUGAAACAGUACGUUGCACUUAUUUGCUGAAGAGGAACACGGUUUAUCCGACGAAGAACAGCAGCCGAAGACAAGUCCUCAGUGCGUCAUGUCCAGGCUGGCGGUGGUCUGUGGCGGCUCCAGGGGCAUCGGGCGGGCGGUGUCCCGCCUGCUGGCCGAGAGGGGCUGCAGGGUGGCUGUUGUCUCCAGAGACCAGGACGCUGCCAGAGCCACCGUGGCAUCUCUACGUGGAGUCGACCACGUGUCUCUCAGCUGUGACGUCUCCAACGAGCUGGAGGUGAAGAAAAGCUUUGAGACGAUCCAGAAGACGUGUGGAGACGUCUCUUAUCUGGUGAACGCUGCCGGCAUCAACAGGGACGCUCUGCUGCUGAGGACCAAACCGGAGGACAUGUUGGCCGUGCUUCACACCAACCUGCUGGGCAGCAUGCUGACCUGCAGGGCGGCGCUACGCAGCAUGCUGCGCACUCAGGGAGCCGCCAUCGUUAACAUAGGCUCUGUUGUGGGCCUGAGAGGGAACGCUGGCCAGUGUGUCUACAGCGCCAGUAAAGCCGGCCUCCAGGGCUUCACGCUCUCUCUGGCGAAAGAAGUCGCUUCACGUAACGUCAGAGUUAACCUGCUGGCUCCAGGUUUCAUCCGCACCGACAUGACCGCCGGGCUGAAGGAGGAGGAUGCGGUGGGGGUGCGCUCCGUCCCGCUGGGGAGGUUGGGUGAGCCGGAGGAGGUGGCCCAGGCUGCUCUCUUCCUGUUGGAGUCCCCCUACGUUACAGGACAGGUGCUGGUGGUGGACGGAGGGCUGCAGCUGGCCAUGUAGGGAAAGAAGACUGAUGUGAGGCAGGUGAAAGGCCUCACUCAGGUCUUGAGACUGUAGAGGAAGUGGUUAAGACAAAGAGCUCUGAUGACCGAGGAGCAUCUGACUGAAGAUUUACACUGAAGACGACUUCAUGGCUGAAGCUGAAUGUUGCUCUGUGGUCACAGAUUUAGAGUCAUCACCAUCUUAAGUACACUGAGGUAAACUGCCCUCACAAAGUAUGUACUGUUGCAUAUACUAUGCACACAGUUCGGACGUACUACUUCAUAAUGUUGAGCAUUGACCUCUGACCCUCUUGCUAAGAUAUCCGUCGCAUCUGUCUCUGUCUUCUGCUGUGCAGAGGAUUGUGGGUCAGAAAAGCAUUCUGCAUUGGACAUACUAUGAUAUUGGGAUGUGUUAAAUCUUUUUUAUCUUGAAUAGAGAUAUAACUAGCUGCUGUAUGUCUGAGUGAGAUCUGUUUCUCUUACUGACUGACGCUCAUAAAGAGAAGAAGGUUCUCUAUUGACUCUCCUCCUCUGUGUUGGCAUACAUAUGCAUUGUGUGAGAGAGAUGGAUGUUGGCCCACAGUGAACAGCUUGUACAUUAAAGGUGACUUUGCUCCACUAUGGGUGACGAUA